AAGAAGAAAAAGAAAAAGAAGAAGAACAAGAAGAAGAAGAAGGCAGCGACCAGCCAAUCGGACCCUCCUCGUGUGCCCCUCUAUCAACUGUUCCCCAACAAGAACUACCCCGUCGGCGAGGAAGCCGAGUACAGGGAUGAGAACGCGUAUCGGACGACCAGCGAGGAGAAGCGCCACCUCGACAACCUGAACAGCGACUUCCUGACCGAUUACCGCGAGGCAGCCGAGAUCCACCGACAGACAAGGCAGUGGGCGCAGAAGUUCAUCAGGCCUGGCAAGACGCUGGCGGAAAUCGCCGAAGGCAUCGAGGACAGCGUCCGCGCCCUCACUGGCCACCCGGGCCUGGAGGAGGGCGAUGCGCUCCAGGGCGGCAUGGGCUUCCCCUGCGGCCUCAGCAUUAACCACUGCGCGGCCCACUACACGCCGAAUGCGGGCAAUAAGAUGGUGCUGCAGCAGGGUGACGUCCUCAAGGUGGACUUUGGCGUGCACGUUAACGGCCGCAUCGUCGACAGCGCUUUCACCAUGGCUUUUGAGCCGCAGUUCGACAACCUGCUCGAGGCAGUGCGGGAGGCGACCAACGCUGGUAUCAAGGAGGCCGGCAUUGACGUGCGGGUGGGGGAUAUUGGCGGCAUCAUCCAAGAAGUCAUGGAGAGCUACGAGGUGGAGAUUGGCGGUCAGACAUACCCGGUCAAAUCGAUCCGUAACCUCAACGGCCACAGCAUCGAGCGGUGGAGCAUCCACGGCUCCAAGAGCGUACCUAUCGUGAAGAGCAACGACACGACGAAGAUGGAGGAAGGUGAUGUCUUCGCCAUCGAGACGUUCGGCAGCACCGGCAACGGAUACGUCAGGGACGACAUGGAGGUGUCCCACUACGCCAAGCGGGGGGACUCUCAAGUGCCUCUGCGCCUCGAGUCGGCCAAGAGGUUGCUGAACGUGAUCAACAAGAACUUCGGCACAUUGCCGUUCUGCCGUCGGUACCUGGAUCGUCUGGGGCAGGACAAGUACCUCCUCGGUCUGAACAAUCUUGUGUCUAAUGGUAUUGUCGAGGCAUACCCGCCGUUGGUUGACAAGAAGGGCUCAUACACUGCUCAGUUCGAACAUACCAUUCUCAUUCGGCCAACGGUCAAGGAGGUAAUUAGCCGCGGAGAGGACUAUUAA